AUGGCCACCCCACGAGAGGAUACUUUGAAUAAGUUAGUCGAGGAACGCGGUCGCGUUAAAUCGUCGCUCACGCGAUUUAAGACAUGUUUCGAGACGCAGCGAGCAACCACCGGGGCUGCUGCAUUGGAGGAACGGUUGCACAGAAAUCUCCAUUUACUCGAUAGAUUUGAGUCGAUUCAGGAUCGCAUCGAUGCGAUCACCGCCGGGACACCGGAAGAACACACGCAAAAUCAAAUUCGCGAGGCGUUCGAAAACGCGUAUUUCGAUAUCAUAGGCGCGGUUCGCGAACAUGUUUCGGCUAAGCGUGCUCCGGUUCCGAAUCCGAGCUCUACCGCGCAACAGACGUUUCGUGUAGAUGCUGCAUCACCCACAGCCUCCGUAGCGGCACCCUCGGUUAGAUUGCCGUCAGUUCCGUUGCCCAGUUUUCACGGGACGGUCGGAGAAUGGGUCUAUUUUCGAGACAGCUUCGAAUCAUUGAUAAACCAAAAUACCGUGUUAAGCAAUAUCGAACGGUUUCACUAUUUGAGAUCAGCAGUAAAGGGAGACGCUGCUCGGGCAUUGAAAGCAUUACCGAUGUCAGAUGAAAACUACACGGCCGCGUGGAAGCUCUUGUGCGAGCGUUACGAAGACACAAAUGAAUUAAUCGAUUUCCACGUCGGUGCAUUGUUCGACUUGCCGACGUUGCCAAAGGACUCACCGGCGAGUCUGAGGCAACUUUUAGACGACUUUAACAACAAUUUAAAAUCCUUAACCUCGCUGGAGGAACCCGUCGAAAAAUGGGACACGAUCUUGGUCCAUUUAUUAGCGACCAAACUCGACCGGAAAACGAGCGAAGCGUGGGAUAAACGGGUCGCGGAAAUAGGCCGUAAGAAAACGUUGGCAGAUUUACAGACAUUUCUCGAAAAGCAGUACAAAAUCCUAAUAAAGUCAGUUCGAGUAAUACCUCCGGGUCCGUUCCCUCCGAAAAAUAGGAACCCAGGUCAGAAACCGCAACCUCACCCCAUGACGCUGGUUAGCAUGCAAAGUUUAGAAUGCCCAUUAUGUUCGUCGGAUCAUCCUCUCACACAAUGCAAACGGUUUAAAGCUUUGACUCCGUACGCUCGGUUUAUGAAGGUCAAAGAAUUCCGUAUUUGUUUUAAUUGCCUGCGACCAGGUCAUGGUUCAAACACCUGCAACAAGGGGAAUUGCCACAAAUGCAACGGCAACCAUCAUACGUUGAUUCAUUUAAAAAAUGACUCGACGCCUACCGUAGAUCCCGUGGUUGCAGAUCCCGUCGUUAGUAUAGCAAAUGUAGUAAAUAAUACGCCCCCUCAGAGUUAUGCAACUCAUGACUCGUCGGGAAAAGAGCAUGUUCUUUUAUCCACGGCUAUUAUACAUGUCCUCAACGACAAGGGACAAAAAUUUGAAUGUAGGGCGUUACUCGACCAAGGCUCGCAAGUAAAUAUCAUAAAAGAGUCAUUUGCGAAAUUUGUCGGCUUGAGUUGUAAACCGACCCAAUUAGCGAUCUCGGGGGUAGGGGCCGCGGACGCAGGUAAACGCGCUCAGGGUAAGGCUCGCGUUACAAUACAAUCGCGGCAAAACGGAUAUUCAACUACGAUGUCAUGCAUACUGAUGCAAAAGAUCACUUCCGAUAUUCCCAAUUUUAAAAUCGCCAAAUCAGCAUUGAACAUCCCUGCAAAUGUCAGAUUAGCAGAUCCAUCCUUUGACAAACCGCGUGAUGUAGACAUGCUAAUAGGGAAUGGGCAUUUGUGGGAGAUAAUGAGCGUAGGACAGAAACGCCUGGGACAGGGUCUUCCGGUAUUGCUCAAAUCCCAGUUCGGAUGGGUUUUCGGUGGGAAAAUUCGGGCGUCGCUCAACGCGGAGUCGCAGUCGUGCAAUGUAGUCACGAAUGAUCAAUUAAAUUCACAAUUAACUCGAUUUUGGGAUAUCGAACAAAUCCCAACACUCGGUCACCUUCCAGCUCACCCGUGCGAGGAGCAUUUUAAUGAGACGGUAAAGCGAGACUCCGACGGCCGGUUUAUUGUUACGAUUCCGUUUAACUCGGACCUGGCAAAGCUCGGCGAUUCAUAUUCCAUGGCGGAGCGUAGGUUCUUCGGCUUGGAAAGAAAAUUGAACAGGACACCUGUUCUGAAAGCAGAAUACGUGUCUUUUAUGAGCGAAUACCUCGCACUGGGUCAUAUGACUCAGGUAAGUCGGGACUCUCGAACGCAGGCCGGUCCUGCCUAUUACCUGCCACACCAUGCGGUGACAAAGGCAGCAAGCACAACGACCAAGAUGCGCGUUGUAUUUGACGGAUCCGCGAAAACCAGUUCCGGAUAUUCUUUAAAUGAUACUCAAGAGAUCGGUCCUGUUGUUCAGGACGAUCUAUUUUCCAUACUCAUUAGAUUCAGACAGCAUCAGAUUAUUUUGAGCGCCGACAUCGCCAAGAUGUAUCGGCAGAUUUUAGUCGCUCCCGAGCAGCGAGUUUUUCAACGGAUUCUAUGGCGCGAAGAACCUACGCUCCCAUUAGAAACGUACGAAUUGAAUACGGUUACAUACGGCACUGCGUCCGCGCCGUUUUUAGCGACCUGCGUCCUUCGGCAAAUUGGAUUGGAUCAGUCUCAUCUAGAUCCAGUAAUAAGUAAUAUCAUCAUCCACGACUUCUACGUGGAUGACUUGCUAACGGGCGCGGAAACAGUAGAACAAGCAAUAAAAAUUAAAGUAUCACUUGAGAAAAUAUUGCAAUCUUCAGGCCUACCACUUAGAAAGUGGGCCUCAAAUGUUCCGGCAGUGGUUCAAGAGGUUCUAACGGAAUCCAGAGAUCUGAAUUUACAAGCAGAAAAGGACCCAAAGACUCUUGGACUACUGUGGGAACCAUGCACCGAUGAGUUGCGAGUCAGUGUAGAAUCUCAACCAGUCUUACGGACUACGAAAAGAACAAUUCUAUCCGAAGUAUCCAAAAUUUUUGAUCCGCUUGGGUUAGUGGCGCCUGUCAUCAUCCAGGCAAAACUAAUUAUACAGUCGCUAUGGCAAUUAAAACUCUCAUGGGAUGAAUCCGUACCACAAGCGAUUCAUUCCGAGUUCCAUGAUUUUUAUGCGGACCUCAGGUCAUUAACACGGCUCGCAAUUCCUCGGUGCGUAUUGUGCCCGAAUCCUGUGCAGGUAGAGAUGCAUGGGUUUUGCGAUGCCUCCGAACGGGCAUUUGGGGCGUGCAUCUACCUGCGCACGAUUUCAGAAACGGGCAAAGCAUUGACACAGCUCCUCUGCGCAAAGACACGCGUGGCACCGCUUAAAACAAUAAGCCUUCCUCGCUUGGAAUUAUGUGGUGCAUUAUUACUAGCGCAACUUGUGAAUAAGGUUCGAGUAGCGUCCCGCAGUCAAAAGGUCCAAGAAUUCUAUUGGACCGAUUCAAUGAUAGCACUAGCGUGGAUCAAGGGGUCCCCGAACCGAUGGAAAACCUUUGUAGCGAACAGGGUUUCUGAAAUUCAAACACUUUCGACGGGACCAUGGAACCACGUACUUUCUGGGGACAACCCAGCUGAUUUAUUGUCGCGGGGAGUCAAGCCUUCCGCUUUGGACAAGCUAUCUUUUUGGUGGAACGGUCCAUCAUGGCUCGCACAGCCAUCAACGGAAUGGCCAAUCACUGGGUCUAUCCCAGCAGAAGUUCCUGAAGAAAGGGCCAUUUCUUGUAUUGUAAUAAGGGAAAUCGCAUCCCAAAUAAAACAUAGAGUGAGUCUUCGUAACAAUCGCACCACUCGCCCGUGGAGCACUCAAUUGACGGUGCAGGAUCUUGAUCUUGCAGAGGUAGUCAUCCUCCGAUUAGUACAAGGUAAUGCAUUUACGCAAGAACUGUCUGACUUGCGUAAAAACCAAACAGUGACAUCCAAUAGCCCGCUGCGGUCAUUAAACCCAUUUAUUGACGACAAGGGGCUCAUUAGGGUGGGCGGUAGGCUUGCCAAUGCGGAGCUAAAAUACUACCAACAACACCAAGUGAUUCUACCGAAGAAUCACCAUGUCACGCGAAUGAUUAUUCGUCGUGCACAUGAACGCGUUUUACAUGCCGGUUGCGAAACGGUAUUAUCAAUGGUUCGAACGCGGUAUUGGCCAUUGACGGGACGCAAUCUGACCAAGGGGAUAAUCCGAACCUGCGUUAAAUGUAAUAGAGCUGCGCCAAAGGGUACCAGCUACCUGAUGGGGCAGUUGCCUGCACCGAGAAUACGAAUAAGACCGCCGUUCUUUUCUACCGGUGUCGAUUACGCGGGUCCUUUCUACCUGAAAGAAAGGGUCCGUAGCAAGACGACGACUAAAGCCUACCUUUGCGUGUUUAUUUGCUUAGCCACAAAGGCCGUCCAUUUAGAAGUAGCUUCAGAUUUAUCGACGGAUGCCUUUUUAAAUGCGUUGAAACGGUUUGUUGCGCGAAGAGGCCGGUGUCGCGAAAUAUAUUCAGACAACGGCACCAAUUUUGUAGGAGCACGCAAUGAAAUGCAGAGAAUCAAAGAGUUCUUUGCAGACCAAAAACGAAGGGAUACCCUCUCUGAAUUUACGGUCACUGAGGGUAUGCAGUGGCAUUUUAUCCCACCAUACUCUCCACAUUUCGGGGGAUUGUGGGAGAGCUGCGUGAAGUCCGCGAAACGGCUUUUGACUCGAGUCGUUGGGGAAACUCGGCUAACAUUUGAAGAACUGGCCACUGUUCUGGCGCAGAUAGAGGCGUGUUUGAAUUCUCGGCCACUAUGUCCUGUAUCAACCGAUCCCACAGAUCUGAAUCCCCUCACUCCUGGUCACUUCCUCACCGGCAGCCCACUCAUGGACCUUCCAUAUCCUGACGUCACUGACGUCAAACCUACUCGUUUAAGUCGGUUUCAGCUACUCCAAGCAAUGUCGCAGCACUUUUGGAAACGGUGGCAGUUGGAAUACCUCCAUCAGCUGCAACAGCGACAUAAAUGGAAAAUCGCUGUACCAGAAGGAUUCGGAGUGGGCACGAUGGUCGUCAUCAAAGACGCUAGUCUCCCUCCUCUAAGAUGGAAACUAGGAAGAAUCACGGCUCUACACCCAGGCACUGACCAGAUCACCAGAGUCGUUUCCAUCCGGACAGCCGAUGGAGUCAUAAAGCGACCUGUGGCAAAAAUUUGCAUUUUGCCUACGGAGGAUGAAAGUUCAUCCCCAAAGGAUCAGCCUGGAUCGAGUGUUAAUCGUGACACAAAAAAAAAAUGA